AUGUCGCAAGACGAGAUCGAGGCCAUUCGGCAGGACUAUCUCACGUCGCUGCAGGACCUAACAUCCAACUCGCGACCCAUUAUCUCUACCCUCACAAUCAUUGCCCAGGAAAACAUACAUGCGGCCAAAGCAAUCACUAAAACUAUUGAGGAGCAUAUAUCUAAGUGUUCACCCCAAAAUAAACUCUAUGGGCUUUAUCUGCUAGACUCCAUUUGUAAAAAUGUUGGCAAGCCAUACACAAUCUACUUUGGCUUAAAUCUAUACAUGGUAUUUUGUGAUGCAUAUACUCUUGUCAAUGAUUCUAUUAGACGCAAAAUGUAUGAGCUGUUUCUGACUUGGAAACAACCCACUGCUAAUGGAACACUUUUGUUUGACUCGGUGCCUAUGAAUAAGCUUGAAGCGUUUUUGAACAAGGCACAGGGAAUUAAACCACAUUUACCAGCGAUGCCUCAGCAGCAACAACAACAGCAACAACAACAACAACAGCAACAACAACAACAACAACAACAACAACAACAACAACAACAACAACAACAACAACAACAACAACAACAACAACAACAACAACAACAACAACAACAACAACUACUACUACUACCAGCUGGUUCCGAUAAAGACCGGGAAAUGUACCGUCAAAUGAAGGCGUUUUCUGCCGAUAUUCCCAUGUCACAAAAAGACCUGCUACAGCAUAUUGAAAGCCUGUUACAUUUGGCUGAACAACGUCGCAUUACAGAUCCUUCAGAUGAAAACACGCCAAUGCAAAUCAACAUUUUGAAUCAACUUAAGGAUCAACUAGCCAACAAGGUAUUCCAAGCAGAUGUUUUGGGAAUGAUUCAGAAACAAUUAGCUUCGUAUACAAGUGAAGAACUAGAGCGGUUCAAACGUGAAGAACCAGCACAGCAGGCUGCAUUAUCUAAACCAAUUCCUACAGGACCCGCAUCGGGUUCUCCGACUCAGGCACAACAGCUACUACAGCAUCAGCAUCAAUUGCAACUACAGCUACAACUACAGCAACAACAAUCAGCAUUAAAUCGCAAAAACAAACGACAAAAAGUGAAAAAUUCACCGCAAAGCCAAAACCAACAACUCAACUUGACACCUGAACAGCUGCAACAACUGCAGCAAAUUGUGUCCAUGUCGAAUCAACAACAACAACAGCAGCAGCAGCAACCACAGUAUAAUAUGAUGCAUCAGCAGCAAGUGUAUCCAAACGCUGCAAGCACACUAAUGGGUAGCAAUUCUUACCUGAUGAAUGAUAUGUAUAACCAGCAGUCUUUGCCUCUGCAGCAGCAGCUGCAGCAGCAGCAGCAGCUCCCACCACCGCAACAGCAGUAUGCGCCCAAUUACGAUCUGCUGUCUGCAUUACAGGGAAUUGCCAACAUCCAGGCAGCGGCAGCAGCGGCGGCUGCUGCCAAUGUAGUUGCGCCUGCACCUAUUCCGCCGAAACCGUAUGUGACGCAGCCAUAUGGCGCGCAAACUGGGCGGGCUGGUUUACGGGGGAACCAUGCCGCGCGAAUGUACAGCACACCGAUUCCCACAGGGCCUGCAGGCCAAACGGGUGCAUUGCCCUAUGGUGUGGGGGCCUCUCCAGGAUCUCUUGGAGGCAAUGGAGUAAGCAAUGGAGGAGUGGGAACAGGAACAGGAACAGGAAGUAAUGGCAGUGCUAAUGGGGCGGGCAAGAAAAGUGGGGAAUUGAGUGCAUUGUUGCAGACAGUAGAGUUGACGGAAGAGUCUCUGAACAAGCCUCGAGGAGAUUUGAUUGGGUUGUUGUACAGUAGUAUGCCAAAACGGUGCAGUACGUGCGGGAAACGGUUCCCGGACACAGUUGAAGGUCGGAAAGUGCGAGAAGCACAUUCGGACUGGCAUUUCCGGGUGAAUAAAAAGCUACGGGACGAGAAUUGGACACAAGUGCGGUCGUGGUUUUUGACAGAAGAGGAGUGGAUCAAGUAUAAAGAUGAGAGCGAGACUCAAGUUGCACUAAUUGUGCCCAUGACUGCAACUGUUGCAGGAACCGCAAUUGGCGCGCUGAGUAGUCGGAAUCGAGGACGGGCCCGUGCCCGUGGUAAGAAUAAAAACCGAGCUGAUGGUGGAGAUUUUUCUCCUACUUCUACUACUGUUGGAGGGUCUACAAAUGUUAGUUUGGUUGGGUCUAAGCCGUCUUUAGGAUCCAAUUCUUCUUCUUCUUCUUCUUCUUCUUCUUCUUCUUCUUCUUCUUCUUCUUCUUCUUCUUCUUCUUCUUCUUCACUCGGAACUACCAACCAACGAGGAGGAAAGACGGGUGCGCAGGACGUACCUUCUCUUGCGAAACUGACACCUGCUCAAUUACAGGCCAAGUACGUUCUUGUUCCUGGAGACAAGUCAGUUGUGGCGCAAGGAUGUGGUAUCUGCCGGGAGAAGUUCAAAACCUCAUUUAAUGCUGAUGCUGAGGACUGGGUGUGGCGUAACGCAGUUCACAUUUUGGGUCGGUACUUCCACGCGACUUGUUUUGCAGAGGCGGAACGCGGUGGUGGGAAUGAUUUUCUGAAGCGGGUAGGUGAAGGACCCUCAUCAUCAUCAUCGUCGACGUCGUCGUCAUCGUCAUCGUCGUCGUCGUCAUCAUCAUCAUCAUCGUCAUCAUCAUCAUCUGGUCAGCCUUUGGCUCAAGAUUCGGCACCGGUUUCGGCACUAACUGCAGCACCACCCAAUCUUCCUUCCGCACCUACCGCGGUUACUAGUGGAAGUGCAACAACAUCUUCUUCUUCUUCUUCCUCUGCGCCCAUACUUGACCUUCCUGGAGGAAUUGACUUGACGGCAAUUUUAGCCUCCGUUAAGCGGAAACGCGAGGAAACCGAGUAA